GGACUGAAAAUAAAAAUUUACUGUAGAGUGUGGACUUGUGGACAGAGAGUGGAGGUGGACAUUGCGGAAUAGGCAGUGUAGACUGUAGAAUGAACAGGGGGACACGUGCUUGAUCUCUGUAUUCCCAAGAAAUAAAUCGAAAUGUCAUUAUCCACCAAUAACCGCCAAUGGGUAACAGAACUCAUCGAAUUGUUCAAAUCCGAACCAUGCCUUUGGAAAGUGAACUCCGAGGAAUUCAAAGAUUGCGAAAAAAGAGACAGAGCUUAUGAAAAGAUCGUUAACAAAGUUCGGGAAGUAGAAUCAGGUGCUGAUAAAGAAACAGCAUGGGCCAAAAUAGAAAGUUUACGUUCCGAAUACAGAGAGGAACUCAAAAAAGUGAUAGAAACCAAGUCUGAAUUCACAGGCAUUGAAAAAUACGUGCCAGAUCUAUGGUUCUUCCCACUGAUGAGGUUUCUGGAUAAGGAAGAACUGAAACAGUUGGAUUGCAUGGACGAAUCUUCGGAAGGGGAUGAAGAACCACAAGCUUCAUGUUCAGGGGCCACUAAUUCCUCAUCACAAGAAGGUGAUCACUUAGACUUGGACGACGAAGGAGAUUAUCACGAUUUUUUCGGAGAAAUGGUAGCGAUAAAGCUCAGAGCAAUGAGCGAAGAACAAAGACAGGUGGCCAUCGAAAUGAUUGACCACAUCUUACUGGAAGCUCAAAGUGGUAGACUGACGGAGAAUCAUGUGGUGGUCCCUGGUGCAGAAGGGGAUGCAGUAAGGGUUGGAGACCUUCCACAUUCUCACAUAACCUCUAUACUCUUCCACGCUCUCUCUUUACAAGACCCACGACAAGAUGACGGAGAUGCGGAGAUGAAAGAAGAAAGGACCUAAAUAAAAAAGUUCACAAACAUAUAUCUCCAUUUGUGAAUAUCCUUCCAAAUGUUAGUUUUCUAACUUCACUGUUUUCUAUCGAUGUAAAUAUAGAAUAAAUAUUAUUUUUUCA